AUGAAUAGUGUAGUCGAUGUCGUCAAAUUAAUCGAGGAACUUUACUCUCCGAAUCCAUCUCACAAUGUAAAUGAGAUCCAACAAACACUACAAGCGAUUCAGAAAUCCAACGACGGUUUCCAGCUGGCAAAUGAAUUACUUGAAGGUGGGGACUACUCACCAAAUGUGAAAUACUUUGGUGCGUUGACAUUAACAGUUCAGAUAAAUGUUAAUGUCCACAGCUAUGAAGAUUUAUGGAGAUUAUUCAGAGCAAAUCUGAUACAUUUGACUAAAUAUUGCAAUAACUAUGUGAGUAAUCCUCAACAAUAUACACCUUUAAUGAUUACCAUUAAAAAAUUAAUGUCAAAUCUUUCUUUAAUUUUUAAUAAUAUAAACGAAUCCACGUUCCAAGAAGUGACGCCUACGGAAGCAGCUCCUGUAGUUAUCACCAACUGGAAUAAUCCAAUUGACACUGUGAUUUUUCUAUUGUCAAAAUCCAAUGAGCUAUCAGAUUUGGGAAUGAAUCCACACACUGAUGAAAUUAUCACAGAGGCCAUAAACUGCACAAUUCCAUAUCAACAAUUAUUGCUGUUCAUUGGAUCGAAUCCGGCAUAUAAUGAACUAUUAUUGAUCUUUACAGAAAUUAUUGUUGAGGAUCUAACCAAGCUUCAAUCCAAGAAGCAUGCGAUUGCAAAAAUUCAUACAACUGUCCAUACUUACUUAUACGUUUCAACAAUGGCAUUAAUUAAUGCCAACUUAACGUCUAAACAAAAUAUACCAUCCGAUACAGUCUAUAAUUGUAUUAAUUCAUGGAUCAAUUAUAUUUCUAUGUCACAAAAUGUUUCCCAAGAUGGUAAGAUGGAUUUGACAGAAGUGUUUCAAAAUUUAUUAAGCUUAAUGCAACAAUCUUCUGAACAAUUAGAUAACUUUACUAUGGCUGAAAAAAUCUUGGUUAUUUUUGCCAAUGUCUUUUCUCAAGAUCCAUUAUUGAUGGGUUUUGAAUUAAGAGAACAGGUUGAGGCAUUGUUUUUGGGUAUAUCAAGAUCUGGGAAUGGAGACACUGCAAAGAAUCAAUGGAUGUUGCAAUAUAUGAAUUACCUGGUUACAAAUGAGAUGGUAUCUGAAUUGAAAGAUUUAGCAAUAUGCAUAGUGGACUUUCUUCAAAUUAAUACUUUGGAUGUUUGCAAUAAGUUAUUUACAAAUAUAUCUAAUGAUAAAUUUAACGAAGCAAAUUCGCAGCAGUACAUAAAGGUUUUACUUCAACUAACAAACUUUCCAUUGGUCCCCGUUUUACAGGAAUUUUUUUCUGUAAGAAUGAUUGACUUCUGGCUAGAAUUAGCGGAAUGCUAUUCAGUUCUCUCUAACGAAAUGUUGAAACCUAACGCACAUGAGAUCUCGACUGAGAUCUUUCAACAGGUCAUUAAUAUUUAUCUUGCAAAAAUUUCAUUAAUAAACAAACAAAAAAUCCUUCAAGAUGAUACUGAAGAUAUAUCAGCAGUUCAUGAAUUUGAGGAUUUUAGAAGUGCAGCUUCAGAUCUUGCUCAAACAUUGUGGAUGAUUCUAGGUCAUGAACAUUUAACGAAUAUUUUGAUAGCUGGGAUUGGAGGAAAUGAUGCGUCUUCAAGCAAGGAUAUGAUGAAUCUUUUCCAAAUUGAAUCUAUGUCUUUCUUACUGAAUGUUUUAUUGGAGGGUUCUGGUGAUACCUUAAGUAAAUGGAUUUGUAACGUCAUAAAGGAGAAUGCUUUUACUAUCGGGAAUAUCCUAUUACUUCUGAAAACUGGUGUCCAGAAAUUAUCAGAAAAUGAAGAUAUGGUUGCACUUUCGUUGCGUUUAGAUCUUGCUCGAACAAGCUGUCAUCUACUAGGGAAAUGUUCGGGAUACUUUAAUGAAGAUUCUCAACAACUAGGACCGUCGCUUGAAACCUUAUUCCAGGGCUUAGAAUCAUGUACCGCACCUGUAAACUCACUAGAAGCAACAGCAAGUAAUCAAAAAUUAGAAACUGUGAUUGUCAGAACAAUUACAAUGCUUUGUGAGACAUGUCGUCAACAACUGUCAUCAUUUUUGGGCUAUUUUUUCACCGUUUUAACAUCCAUUAUGAGUCCAGAUGCUCAUGUGUCCACAUUCACAAGAUCAAAUCUGGUAAGGUCAAUAGGAUACAUUAUCCAGUCACAAACUGAUGGUGGCCCUGAACAGCAAGCAAAAUACAUUAUUCAGGUAAUUGAUUUAAUUAGUAAUUUCAUUGAACAGAAUAUCACACUGAAGGUGGGACAAACACCUGAUCAACAGCAUACUUAUAUUCAUUGUUUAUUGGAAUGUCUCUCAGAAUUAGGUUCGGCCCUUCUUGAUCCUGAUGAAUUGGCAGACUCAAAGGUAUUGCCUCGAUUAGCCGAAUUUCAGCAGUUUUGGAAAAACGAUCCAUUACAAGUUCGUAAUAAAAUUCUUUUAUUAAUUGAGAAAGUUUUAUCUGUGCCAACGUUUAGCCGUAAAUCUGAUUUUAUCGAAGUAAGUUGUUUGAUUUUGGGUAAGAUGUUAACAUUACCCGAUGAUGAACCACAUUUUUUAAGAUAUUCUAUGCAAGAGAUUAUCGAAUUUAUACUAAGACAUGUUGGUAAUUGUGAACUUUCAACAUCACUACCAUAUUUUGUUUACUUGUUAGAGAAACUUGUUAUACAUUUUAAACAAACUUUGACUAGCCAGGAGUUUGACUUCUUAUUUGAAAAGAUUAUUUUGGUAUAUUAUAGUCAGUUCAUUUUUCCUGAUCCUGAUUUAUUACAAAUGACUAUCAACUUUGUAAAUACCAUUCUCGAUACCAAUCCCUCCAUACUGGUUCAUUCUAAUCAUUGGAACUCCUUCAUUUUCCCUGAAUUUAUCAAAUUGCUGCUUUCUAAGGAAAAAUUCACCAUUAUAGCUGUUAAUAAGUUUUGGACAAAGGUGCUCAAUAACAAAAGAUAUACAAAAGAAGACUUAGAAAUAACAAGAUCUCAAAUUGGCGCGAUAGGGCAAGAUUUGGUUUACCAUAUUAUGUAUGGUCUGUAUCACACCCAAAGAUCUGAUUUGAAUUCGUAUACUGACGUUUUAAGAGCAUUAGUAGCCAAGUUCCCUAUGGAAACGAAACCAUGGUUGAUUAAUGUCUUACCUCAGCUUUCAGAUCAACCUGUCGUUCAUGAGAGAUUCAUAAACAAGCUUUUUAUCACAAGAGGAAAUAGAGCCGCCGGUAAUGUUAUAUUGAAUUGGUGGCUCGAAUGUAAUGCUCUUCCAGGGUUUUAG